AUGGCCUCACCACCAAAGAUCCUCCCACAAGCAUCAGUCAGCGUCAUCCCUGCUCUGAGCAGUCCCCGUGUUCUUCAGCUCCUAAACGGCCAAUUGGAUGUCGGCCAAGCUCCUCAAAUGACAAAUGGCAGCUGUACGUUGACUUUGGCUCUUCCAACCCAACACAACACAUUGCACUCGUCCAGCUUCUCCACUUUCAAGGUUCCAAGACGCUCAAAGUUUGGCUCGCUUUCUUCCUUUGGGUCAACUACUCAAAACAACUGCUUCUUCCAACUUGGCGGGUUCCUUAUGGAGGUGAGAUUGACACAGUACGGGCUCUUGAUCCCAAAGCACCUCGCAGCGAACAAUCUCCAAGGCCACCGGCGGACGUGUGAUCUCAUCUCAAUCAACAUUGCUGUGUUUCUGUUCUCCCAGAGCUUCCUGCUCCCCUUCUUCGACCAUCUCAGCCUCAUCACCCCCACUGAGUACUGGUCCCGCUUAGCAGUCUUGUUGACCACGAGUAGCAAUACUUCCCAAACAGCAGCCGAAGCAGGAACAAGCUCGGAACUCGACCACGCAGUCGAGAAUGCUCGAGAACGCACGCGGAGCAUGCCCAGGCGGGCAUCAGCCCCAACAGGGUCUUCUACUUGA